AUGGCCGAAGGCUGUGACCCGAACCAUGUCUUAUGCACCGUCGAAGACAUAGCGGCAGACUGGGGACGAAAGAUACGCGUGCACGCGUGGCUCACGCUCACGAAGCCGACAUCGCUCUUUCACCCGAAGCCUGGUGACGGAGAAGAGGGCCCAAUCAAGGAGAUCCACCCAGCGGUCGUCCACCAACUUCUCACCGCGACGAACCCGCCCGAUGUUCAGAAGACCGCCAUCGAGAAAUACAUGACGCCGUACGUUGCGUUCUGGCACCCGGUUUGCGAGGACAAGUCGAACAAGAGCUCGGGAGACGAGUUGCUGGUAAUCUAUCAGUCUGUCACGCUCAUUGUUCAUUGUACCGCGCACCAGUGGACACUAGUGGACACUUGA